AAAACGCAGAACAUUAGGAAGACCAACAACAAAGGAGCGAGUUCAGCCUCUAGGCACCGCCAGUCUUGCUUGGGUUGAAGUUGCAGUGCUAACUGGGAAGCGAUCAAUGGAAGCAUCCCCAUCGUAGAUGUGAGCUACCAUGCCUUCCCGAACAGUAAUUGAAUUCCAUUCUCUAGCCGGCUAAUGGAGACCGCAAGAUCAUAAAGCAGAGCAAAUAACUGCAAUUUUCGUAGGGUGACGACAGCAAAGCACUCGGCUUCCCAAUCUCUUGUAGCCUUGGGCUCGAUUCCUGUCAAGGAUAGCAAACUCUAUGACUCCAAAGUUACCCGAAAUCUUGUGAUGGAGAGCCCUUCUGAAAGAGUUGAAAUCACGCCCAAACCAGGUGAUAUCAAAUACACGGCUUCCUCAAAAAUUCCUUUCCAUAAAGCCAAUUCGAAGGUGGCGAUGGAGAAACUUAGUGUUAGGAUUUGAGAAGAGUCUUCUCCUACCUAGAAAGUGCAGAAAAAGACCCAGCAAAGGUAGAAAUGCUCGCUACCUAAGAGAAACAACAGAGAUGGAAUGAGAGAAAAUCCUCUGUGGAAACUAGGCCUAAAUACCCUUUGAUUUGGACUUUCUUCAAGGCUCCGGCUUUUGACGAUUCUUACUUACGACAUAUCGUUUAUUAUCAUUCUCCGUCUCUCUGGUUCUGGGGUGCAGAACGUCGAGAAACGCUGACGCAGCCACAGAUUAUUUUUAGGGUUUACCUAGUCCCAGGUGGUUCUAAUUUCCACUCAGUUCGGUUCAUGGAAGUUGCAAAUACAAAUAAUCAGGGCGCAGGUUCAGCGCCAUUAUCAGAAAACCAAUUUAUCGGCUCUGAUACAACAAAUGAUGUGAAAAAGACAUCUAGAGAGCAGAGAGAAGCCCUGCCAGGGGAGCCUAAAUGUGUUGUAUGCAGCCGCUAUGGGGAGUAUAUUUGUGAUGAGACUGAUGAUGAUAUUUGUAGCUUGGAAUGCAAACAAACUCUUCUAUUGAGGGUUGCUAAUUCCCAGAUUUCAGUUGGUCCUCCACCUCCUACAAGGUUAGCUGCAAGCGAUGAGUGUUUUUAUGUUAGAGACUCCGAUGAUAGAUCAAGACCCUUAUCUUUAACUAAUGAUCAAACUGAAUUACUGAGAAGGAAGCUUGAAAUCAGUGUGAAGGGGGAAUUGGUUCCAGAUCCCAUUUUGUCACUCUCUUCUUGUAAUUUUCCUCAGAAGCUUCUGCAGAAUAUUGAAGCUGCAGGAUAUGUUAUGCCUACACCUAUCCAGAUGCAAGCAAUCCCAACUGCUUUGAGCGGAAAAAGUCUGCUUGCUUCGGCUGAUACAGGCUCAGGGAAAACUGUUUCUUAUCUGCUCCCUGUUGUUUCUCGCUGUGCAACUUUUCGCCUUCAGCACUCUCCUGAGUAUAGAAAGCCACUAGCGAUGGUUUUAACUCCAACUAGAGAGCUCUCUAUACAGGUGGAGGAUCAAGCUAAGUUGCUUGGUAAGGGUUUGCCUUUCAAGACUGCACUUGUGGUUGGUGGUGAUGCUUUGGCAGGACAAAUAUACCGUAUUCAACAAGGAGUAGAAUUGAUUGUAGGAACUCCGGGCAGACUCAUUGAUCUUUUGACAAAGCAUGAUAUUGAACUAGAUGAAGUAAUGAUACUUGUUCUGGAUGAGGUGGACUGUAUGCUUCAAAGGGGCUUCCGAGAUCAGGUGAUGGAGAUUUUUAGGGCUCUUUAUCAACCUCAGGUCUUGAUGUAUUCUGCAACAAUUGCUCAAGACAUAGAGAAGAUGGCAAGCACUAUGGCAAAAGAUAUGGUUAUUAUCUCCAUUGGCCAGCGUAACAGGCCAAACAAGGCUGUGAAACAGCUGCCCAUCUGGGUUGAGUCAAAGCAAAAGAAGCAAAAACUUUUUGACAUUUUGAUGAGCAAGCAGCAUUUCUUGCCACCAGUGGUUGUAUAUGUGGGUUCAAGACUUGGGGCAGAUCUCCUAUCUAAUGCAAUCACGGUUACGACUGGUUUGAAGGCUCUAUCAAUCCACGGGGAGAAGUCAAUGAAGGAGAGAAGAGAGAUCAUGAAGUCAUUUUUGGUAGGGGAGGUUUCUGUGAUUGUGGCCACUGGGGUUUUGGGUCGGGGAGUUGAUCUCUUGGGUGUGAGACAGGUAAUAGUGUUUGACAUGCCCAAUUCCAUUAAGGAGUAUGUCCAUCAGAUAGGAAGGGCAUCCCGUAUGGGAGAGGAGGGUACAGCAAUUGUUUUUGUUAACGAGGAGAACAAAAAUUUAUUUCCAGAGUUCAUUGACGUUUUAAAAUCUUCUGGAGCCGUGAUACCUCGGGAACUUGCAAAUUCAAAGUAUACUGUGCGUUCCUUCCAUGCAAGCAAGGGCCAGAGAAAGCGAAAAUAUGGUUCCUGAACUAUCAGAAGUCCUGUUUGUUUCUUGGGUUUAUUUUAUUAUUGCAAUGUUGCAAAAUCAACUCUGUAGUAUAUUUUUGACUCUUGGACUCUGCUGGAUGCAUCUAGCGAGAAAACUUACCACCUUGUUGGCAAUUUUGGGAGUACUCCGUGGGGGAGGAAACUUGUCAUUGGGUGCACAAAUAUGAUGUUUUCUGGGGGUAAGUAGAUAGCUUGUAUGUCAAGUAACAACACACGUCGGGGAACAUUUUUGGCAAUUGUUAUGAUAUUCAAACUGAUGUUCUCUUGCUGCUGGUAAAAGUUAUUAGUUUUAUCCUCUUAUUCAAAGAGGCAGAUAAUGAAGAAGUCAGGGAGAAGACUGCUAGUUCCAGUGCACCUUAAAUGUCACAGGCAUAGGAUGGUCUGUUCUCUCGAGGGGGAGACUUUGAAAGCUACUGUGAUGAAUAUAAUGGAAACAUUGGAAAUAUUCCAUUUUACUGGGACCAGGAAAGUAUUUGAAGAAAUGCUUAACAGGAAUGUUACACUAUCUCUGUAAUAAAUCUCUUUCUCUACUUCUAUUACAGAAUUCUCAUUAUCUUUGCAUGCCAUGCUAGUGCAAAAAUCCACCAACAAGUAUGAAUCUCUCUCUAUUGCAUAUAGGAAAAAUUUCCAAAUGCCAGGGGAUAGUCCAAGACAUAUGUUACUUUCAGCUUGGUGAUCAAAUAUGAAAUGAACAGUUCUGAGGUUGCUUUAUUGGAAAAUACUUAAAAAUAAAGAGCAUAUGUGAUAUGAAUUUUUUUUUUCUGUUUAAUUUAUGUAAGAAAUAUACGCGCCGUUUAGUUUAAACGAA